AUGGAGCGUUUCGGCUCGGUUACUUCCAUCAACGAUUCAGUUCGUUCAGUUGGAUUCGCGUCAAUUCAGUUGCGUCCUGCCAAUGCGUGGAGGAGUUCGGAAAGUUUGAAGAAAAUCGUAGAAUGGAGUGAUGCUAGCCAACAAUUUUUUGUAGUGAGACACCCGAGUCUUCCGAAUUUCCCGAUGAAUCGUAGUGGCUUUCUUCAGGCUGUGUUAGUGCCAAUUUGUCGCGACGUGCCGUUCGUUUCGCUGGUGAAAAAGGGGCAAGAAGAGGAAAAAGAACGACACAGGGUACGACGGGGAAGUGUCGAGACGGUAUCGCGAGUGUUCUACUUGGUAUUUUUCAUUUGUGUUAUGCAAACGGUGGCUGUAUUUGGGUGCUCCAGCGGCGACUCUCAUCAUUGCGUCGCGAAACCCAUGAGAGCUUCGAGCAGGUACGGCGUGCCCAUGGGAUCUCUGAACGGAAAUGGGAUGCCUGUCAACCGGGACUGGACCACGACCCGCGAGUUGGACCAGUUUUUGAAGGAGAAUGGAGCUUACGAAACUGAAGAGGGCAUUCAGCGAAGAGUCGACAUUUUGUCUCGGAUAAGCGCAGUCGUUAAGGAAUGGGUGAAAGAUUUGGCGAAGCAGCGGAGGUUGCCGGACUUGCUAAUAAACUCGUCUGGUGGAACCGUGAUUCCGUUCGGCUCUUUCAAGCUGGGCAUUCACACCCCGGGGGCGGAUAUAGAUGCACUGUGUGUCGCCCCGCGCCACGUUGAGCGUUCCGAUUUCUUCACUAGCUUCGUCGAAUUCCUCCGAGCCACGUCGGGUGUAUCUGAUAUCAGGCCGAUCGAAGACGCUUAUGUGCCAGUAUUGAAACUGAAGCUGGAUGGCAUUGAAUUGGAUCUCGUGUUCGCAAAACUGCCAAUCGCCCAAGUUCGGGACAAUCUGAAUUUAGACGAUGCUUUCCACGUCGCACCGUCCGACCCGAAAUGCUUGCGAAGCUGGAACGGGUGUCGUGUUACCGACGAAAUCCUCAGAGUCGUUCCUUACCAGGACCAUUUUCGGGUCACGCUUAGAGCUGUACGACUAUGGGCAAAACGUCGAGGUCUGUAUAGUAAUGUGCAUGGUUACCUUGGGGGUGUUUCGUGGGCCAUGCUGGUGGCACGAGUUUGUCAAAUGUACCCGAAUGCUUCACCCGCGCUCUUGGUGCACCGGUUUUUCUUCACGUAUUCAAAUUGGGACUGGCCAAAGGCUGUGACUAUUCGUCCCACUUACGAUGGUCAUCAUGGCUUUCCUAAUUGGGAUGGAAGGCUCAACUCCGCUGACCGAUUUCACUUGAUGCCGAUCAUCACACCGGUUCAUCCCCAGCAAAACUCAACUUUUAAUGUUAAUCACUCAACUCGAGGGAUUAUCCUCGACGAGUUCCAUCGCGGAUUGGAACAUGCGGAUAAGGUGCUUCGUGGAACCGGGUCGUGGGACGCGUUGUUCGAAAAGCUGAACUUCUUCAACAUUUAUCAUCACUUCGUUGUGGUUAGUGCGCUAUCUACCCCAGAUUCGUCUGAACAUCUUGCCUGGGUGGGUCUUGUUGAAAGCAAGCUGAGGCAUUUGUCGAGUUACCUUGAGCGCAUCGUCGCACUUGAUCUCAUUCAUCCGUACCCAUUCCAAUUCUCUUGCGGUAUCGUCGAUGGUUCCUUGUGUACACGAUGGUUUUUUGGGCUCAUGUAUGAGCGGCAGCCGAACAAUUAUGAAAUGGAAUCUAUAUUGUACAAUUUCUCGGAACUCGUUGAUGUUCAUACGAGAAUAAACGGUGUUCCGUCAGCGGGGAGAAGUACGAAGCUCACUUUCGUGCACAGGAAAACCAUAACGAGCUUGAUACCGACGAAGUUCCACCCGGAGCACCUCUUGACUGAUGGAUCUGCGGGCAUGAAUUUUCCCGACCGGGUAACUCCGGUUUUAAAUAUCGGAAAAGGCUCGGGUGAUGUGUUUCCUGAACCCGGUGUGAAGAAACCACGAGUUGCCGUUCCCAAGGGGCAAAGCGCCGGAGCGGGAUCGGCGCAAGCUGAGAAAUUUGUUUUCAACAUCCCCGCUAUGCCGAAGCGGACACUGUGAUUUUGGUUAGAUUGACCGUACUGACAACGUUUUUAAGCAAUUCUUAACUUCUUUUUGCGUAUGGCUCUCGAUGGAGGUGCAUGAUGCUAAGUCGAUCCUUGACUGUGCGAAGAUCUCGCUCCGCUAGUUCGAAUCUCGUGGUCGAGCGGUGACGAGUUUAACGCGUCUCUAUCCUUCGGCGGAUUGUUGGAAAUGUCGUUGAAAUCGAGACGAUGCCGAAGUGCUUUUCUUUUUUUAUAUUUGAGUGUUGGAUUCGUUUGUAAGGUGCAUUCCAAUGCGUCCUCGCAAACUUUCGUGGUUUAGACGCAUGCGUGCAAAAAAUUGAAAAAGCAUAAAAAAAAUUUACAAAAUUCAAGAAAACAAGACCAAAAAAAUCUAAAAACUUGGAAAGUGUAAUAAAAAGAAAAAAAAGUGGGGGGAGAUCGUAUCGACUCUUUUCUGUUGGAAACUACGUGGCUUCUGUCUUACCU